GCGCCCGGCAGUGAGCCCGAACAGCCCGUGUCGGACUCCAUCGCGCUAGGCGUGGUCACGGCCUGGCUCCGGGUGCCCUUCGGCGUGCUCCUGGCUUUUGGAUUGAGGCUCGGCGGCGGCCGCGGCGUCCUCUCCGAGCUCUGGGACGGCUGGCUCCGCACUUAGACCCAAGCCCCUGCCCCAGGGGCGGAUCCCUGGGGGAGGGAGGUUCGAGGGCCUCGAGGUGUUCUCCAGGCCUCCAGAUUCGAAGGAGAAACAAAUAAUUUUUCGGCGCUCCGCGCGGAUUUCUUGGAUCUGCGCUGGGGCCCCCAGGCGGCGCC